GCGAAACUUCAGCUUCAACAAUAUGGACCCCAUCUUCCCCUGAUCGUCUCCCUAUGAAACUUUCGUAGAGAGAGAUAGAGAGAGAGGAGACGUCCUCAUGUCCAGUCCUUUGAUCUGCCGGUCAUGGCUCCCUCCGCAACCUCGUCUUUGUCGCUACGCCUCUAGCUCACUACCGCCCCGGCUGGUGACCUUUGAUAAACUCCUGCGCCAUAUACGAAGGUCAACGCCGCGGCCGGAACCUUCGGCGUCUCAAUUGCUCCGAUAUGCUUUAACGGGGACUCUAAAAACAUCAUCCAACAGAUAUUUCUCCGAGACUCUCGAAGGAUAUAUGCUCGAGGCAUUCUCUAACCCGGAUUUGCCUGAGACUUGGACCAUUUUCAACACAGACCCCUCGAAACGCAAAAGCCUCAAUAGACAUUUUACCGUUGUUGAUAGAAUUGACCCCAAAUAUUUAAUGGUUCCGACGGAAUUGCCGAAAUUCGAAGCCAUUUGUGAAAAAUAUAUUUUCUCUCCCCAGGUAGCCCGCGAAUACUGGAAAUCCGAUGAUGCCAUCAUCGGCCCAUUGACGUACUCUGGCAAAUCUGAAGACCUAGCCAGAGUUCUGUCAACGGUGAAUGCCCUUGUUGCAAGAUUUACCUUGCUGAAGGUCAGAGUACCGAAACAACUUCAUAUCCUUGGCAUGCACGCCGCUGCUCAACAUUUUUCCGCACCAGCGCUUCGGUCUUAUCUCCACAGUUAUGUCGCUGCUGGACAUGGUCCACUACCUAGGAACUCGGCUAGAAGACUCCUCCGCUACCUCUACUUAUCAUGUCAAAUGAGUAUUUUUGAAAGCCCUAUGAUCGAUUUGGGUCCGAUGCGAGAACUUGUCACUGGUUUAGACGAGUAUGGUUCGGCAAUACAGCCAAGCCUAUUUUCCUUGCUCUCUAUGUCCGGUUAUGUUCGCCUACGUUAUAUCUAUAGCUACUAUUUUCAACUUCUUGGGAUUAUCGGAGGCUCUAGAAGAUUACUAGACAUCUGGCCUACAGUUCGGGAUAGGUUCACAGAGAGUCCAUCCGAUCGCCAUGUCCGAACCUUUGUAACGAGUUACCUGGCCGCCCUUCUCAGAUCGGGAUUCGGUUACGAAGCGGCUUAUUUUGCAGAACAAUUGUCGGCCAUUUCCAAUCUAAACGAUUUUUUACCGGCGUCGAUGUGGAAACAAUUGCUUGAACAGGAAAACAGCGAGGGGUUACUGAAAUUGGUUUCAAGCCAGACGAUGAAUGUGAUCAUGGUUGAAGCGCUCACUUCCAUGGAAACUAGCCUUGGUAUCACCUGGGAUCCUGACGGCGGAGGGCGCCAUCUUAAGACAACUGAUACGGAUCCAUGGUGGGAUCAGUGGCCUGCGGAUGCGAUGCUGCCAAGCCUCGACUCCGAUUCUAACAAAUCCGGCUCAUUAGGUUGUAUAAAGCGACUCUUUAGAGAAAUAGAACUUUAUGGUUCUUCUAGAUCGACCAAGGAGCUUGCGAGGGUCGCUAACCUAUUACAUGAUUUUGAGGGCAUCGAAGUUCCCCUUGGUUCUACAAAGGAUUACCUAGGCCAAGUUCACGAGUUUGCGUGGCUGCCCCAAUGCUGCCCCAUUGAGUUUUCCAAUAAUGUUCCGCCAUCACCUUACAAUAUAGCUGGCCCACAAACUCCAUCAUCAUUGGGCUUAAUCCGUGCUUUUCACGAUAUAGACGGCAAACCAAUUCCAUUGAGUAUGAGAAAGCUUUAUCUAAUGCAGCUCGGUUACGUCUGCGAGAGAAGGCGAGGCUCUGCUGAAGGCGGGGUCAACAGUACAACUGGUGAUAUUUCGAAGUGGAGAGACACGGGGCAUAUUAUCUGCUGGGAUCGGUUACAUGAACGCCUCAUCAUGAUCUUUCUUGGAAAAGGCUGGGGGACUAUUGAUCCUGGCUUGUAUCCCAAGAAUUCACAUCUAUUACUCCCAUCUGUUGCCACACUCCGCCUGAAACUAUCUCCUGAUUUUCAGUCCGAGUUUUCUGAAUACUCUGGUGCUAUUUCGCCUAUGGAAACUCGUUAUUGGCUAGACGUUGACCCUGCCGCUUACCUUGACUCAUGAACGAGCCCUGGCUGCUCAUACACUGGAGGCUGCGUCCCUUGAUUCAGAUACGGCCUACCCUCGCUCAAUUCGGAAUUUUAGACUGAAAGUCACCUAGGUAAUUUCAGCAUCCGCUUCAUUAUCACCUUCGACAGCGUGUCAAUUCCCCAAGGGAAACUGAUUAACAUGAACGCAAUAUGCUGUGUGUUGAAGCGAAGUUACCAUCUCCAUCCAUUGGCGUCCGAUCCGGAAAGCGCUCUACGCCUACCAUGGUUCGCUUCGUUCAUCCCCAAAUCAUAAAUUGCAUUUCAAGAAGGUGCAAGGAGAUGCAAGAUACAAUUCCACCAUCGAUUCUCUGGUUUAUGUCGGUCACCAAUCAAUUCUAUGUCACCAGAAUUGUGAAGUUGAUACGUAUCAACAUAUAUUUUGGAGGUUUUUGCUGUCUUUAACCGUUGUCUACAUGUCUAUAUUUUGUAACUACCACCACAGCGUCAUGUAUACCUAGAUAUCCGAUAUCCAACUUUGCGGCUAUGGAUACCAUUGUAAUGUAGUAUAGAUUUGUUCGUUGUAUGUAUAGUAUCUUUUUGCUUUUCUUACACAGACACGUGCCUUAACCUUUUGCUUUCCGGCUGGGUUCCGGGCUAGAAUGGUAGCAUGGCAUGUAUUAUAUUUUCUAGCAUUUCUAGGCCUUUUCAUGCAUUGAUCUUCAAGACUUUAACUGCAAUUUGCUUCAAACGUGUUUAUAUUUGGGCAUCAUACGAGAGUAUCGAAGCCACUCCCCAGACGCUUCUACAGUCGUGCAUAUCUCGAGGUUGCUGCUACAAUACAUCGCAUCUUGCAGAAUUUCUUUCCAUCCUCCUGCAGCCCAUGCAUCGCUAACUCUCCAAAAGGACUGACCAAUUGGAAAAGCCUGAAAUUAGCUCAAUGCAACUUCGUUCAUUGGCAGUAAAAAAAAAAAAAAAACGAAGCGAAGAGGCUGGGCUAGGAAACUGGGGGUUACCGGCCCUCAAUACCUCUCCUGGAAGGUUAGGCAAAUCGGCGUCUAGCGUUCAGUUGGAUGGUGGUUGAAAUAGGGUCGUGGACAUUGCCGCCAUACAAUUGACGCACACUGGAGACAUUCCCGCACGCACGCACAUAUUGGCCCUAGACUCUCGGGAGUCCUAGCCGGUGUCCAUGAGCAUGCAAGAAUUCGCUCCACCUUCAAAAACUAUCAUAUGAGCGAAGAGAGACAGUGCUUCCACGUGUAUCCAGCUACUAGAACAGCACGCAGGGAUCUCCCAACCGCUUACACCGCUAGAGAUUGUUAUCACACAUCGAAGGACGCGCCUCCUGGUGCCCCCUCUUUUGACAGGAUUAAGACAAGACCCUGCGCACAACUUGCAUGGAAUGUGACAGCUCAGCUCCUGUUAGUUCCUGGCAUGGACGCCUGCUCGUUCUCCCAGAAGUAGCCUCCAGGGCUGUUAUGAUGGUUAAUCGCUACAAAAUAUAAAUAGGGCACCGAUAACUUACCGAAGGGGACGCAGGAAUGGAAUGCAAUGCAGCCCAAGAGCCUGGGCUAUUCUUAGAGGAUUACUUGGCGACUGCUUGGUGGAGGGGGAAAUAAAAGAAAGGCAAAAAGGAAAAAAGGAAAGAGGACAGCGGUGCCUCAGUUUUUGGUUCCUUUCCGAGUUCUCGGCCUCAGGACAUGGGGGCCGCAUUUUCAACCUCAGGCAUAUCCGCGGUGGCUCGAGGAAGUUGCGUCACAGUCCCACACGUCAACUCAAGCGUGGCUUGCUGGCUCCGAGUACAGGCAAGUAAAAGAUUGAAUCUGCUUUAGGCUCGCCGCUGUCUAACGGAUGUUGUACUCCGUACCAGUCAAAGGAUACAGCGCAAUGUGGCGCUCGAAGAAAAAUACGCCACGUUUUGCCAGCUAAAAAUGCUGUUUUCGAGGUUCAAGCCAUCAAUCCUUUAGACCCCGAAUUCCACAUGCUCAGCCUGUGGAAUUGGUCCACGCCAUUAUUGGAUGAACCAUAGUAUCUUACACCAGCUUGUGAGACUUGGUCCUCGCCGUCCAUUUUUAACGGCUAGUGUCUGGGAGAGGUGAAAAACACACAAAUGUGCAGAUACUAGCUUCUACAGAGGCAUGUUAAAGCUUAAGUAUGGAGCUAUUAGCAAGGCAGCUGAUCAGGUUCACCGAUUCAGGGCGCAGUUGGGGCUAUCAAUUUUGAACAAUGAACGACAAGAAGAUGUCUCCAGUCUCUUUUUUGUUGGGGUCUUGCAGCUGAAAAUGGAGCCAGAACAGCGAACUGAUCCUGAGCUUUCUCCGGCUUCCGGCUCUCUGCAUUUUAUUGUGGGUAUUAUUUCAAGAAGGAAGAUAUAUUUCUUUUGUCUAACUUCCUAAAUACUACUCCUUCCGCGAAAUAGCACCCUGAAAACAGGCUGCUCCUCGCUUGGGAAACAAGAGACGGUUGGUUAUGUCUGGGAUCUGAAUAGCACUCAGAGAUUCCGCGAAGCAACCACCGCCUUGGAUCAGCUAUUUAACUCUCGCUACAUUGGUUAUACUUCUUUUUGCUAUUUCGGAGCGCGGGUCCUCCGCCCCGACCUUCCCUCCAGAGUGACUUCGAGAGAUAGCCAGAGUUUGACUAUCUCCAUAUGUCAUAUCGAUGCACACCACUCCGUACUUAUGUAGCUGUGGACCAGCUCCUGCCAACUAAAUUCAUCAUCAAGGUACCGUCGCCUUAACCUAAAAUGAGGUCUACCACAAUAACUAUCUACUCGGGAAGUACUCUAUAGACUUGGUGACUGACAGGAAAAAAAGCAAAAAAGGAAAGGGAAUUCGGAGCUAAGAUAUAGUUAACGAGUGCUAGACUUCUUUGACUUUCCAGAUCGAUCGAACCUAACGAGAAUGGCUAACAGUGGUGAGCGAAGACGCCGAAGAGGCUACCGUUCUUCUGCCUUAUUCGUUGAGAUGAUGUUGCCUAGCUAUUCGGUAUCGAUGAUUCGGCCUUCAUAUGAUCUCCCGCAACUUCACCGUGCUCCUUUGGCUCAGACCCACCAGCUCGUGUUUAGCUUUGGAGGUGCAUGCAUAUGAAUCCAGCUGAGAUGCUCCCGUCAUAUUCCAUUUUAAUAGUUGCUCAGCCUUCCAACCGAUGUCGGCAUGGACGGGAUGAGGAUAGGCUUACUCCAGUUUGCUUAAUAUUAUUGAUAUUACUAUCAUUAUGUCUUUGUUGAUUUUAUCGCGAUUGGAGUUCGAAUCCGGCAUGAUGUAUAUUUUACAAGUAACACGUGCGGAAAUCCAAGAUUGGGAUCUAUUAUCCUGUAUAUAAAAGAAAGUCCUUAUCACACUUAAACCCCAGCUUUGGUGACCCGA